GCUCAGAUACAUCGAGUUUAAGAUAGUUUUAAGAGAGUGAUUGGUUACCAUGGCUACUGGAUACCAAGAAACCGACCACUUGAUCGUAAAUAUGGAGAAUGGAGACCAACAUGAAAUUGUACAUGAACUUUUAGAUAAUCUUGGGGACAAGCAAUUACCAAAUGGUAAAGAAUACCAUAUCUUCUUCUCGCAUUCUUCUGUAGACAAAAGAUGGGUACUUGAAAUGGUUCGGAUCCUAGAAGCUCCGCCAUAUAAUCUUAUAUGCUGUUAUGAUGACCGUGACUUUUUACCAGGGCGUACAAGUAUAUAUGAAAUCAACAGGGCUAUAAUUAGCAGCAUGAAGACAGUGUUGGUGUUUACCCCAGAAGCUGUUAAAAGCCGAUGGUGCCAGACAGAGGUCGAUACAGCUAUCACCGCCGCAUAUGAUAACCUCAUAGAUAUCAUCCCAGUCAAACUGAGACCAUGUGUAUUACCAGACACACUAAAACACAUCAAUUAUUUAGAUGUCUCACACUUGGAUAAGAAUCAGGCUACAGAACGUAUUCUCCAAGCUGUAGCUAAAGAUGAAAAGGAACCAGAAUUACCACCUCAGGUUCAACGUAAUAUGGUCACCAAUGGGUCAUAUUUCAACAUUGAAACCAAACUGCAGAACUGUUCUUCUGUUUUGGAUACUACCGUUGCUGAUAUGAAGAUGGGUCUCGAUGUAAGAGGCAUUGCUCUUAAUGAUCUUGAAACAGCAGACAUCAUAGAUUCAAUCAACUCUUCACCUUUGAUGAGACAUGCUUGUGUUUUAAGAGUAAAUGCCACUUGUUUACCUGACCACUUCACAAUUCAAUGUAUUCUGAUAUUUACUUUUAUUUUGCUUGAUUUAUUUGGCAGCUUAAUUCUUUCUUUAAUAUUUGGCAUUCUAGAUAGCAGAUUACUUUUCAUGGUGAUUAUUCCUAUACCACUGUUUACAUUUGUCAUUCUUCCAGUAAUAGGGUUGCCACUUUGUAACACAUUGCUAAAAAUUAGUUUCAGAAACAUGUUGAGAAAAAUUUCUAUUGAUAGUGUUGUCAACAAAAAUGUCAUAUUCACAGUGAUGUAUAAAAACAGGAAUCCUGUUUUGGCAGCAAUGAAGUAUGACAUUGCAAUGUGCUUAGAGUACAUUGUCAAUGAAAAGAUCAAUGACAAUCCAGAGUUGGAGAUUGAGGCGUACAAACUAAAAGUUAUGAAACAACACCUUUUUGACUAUGCUGUGUCUAUACAGAGUGGUACACAAAAAGCAACUGUUGUUCGUCAUGUUGUGGCAUAUGAACAAAUGUGUUUCUGCCAGUUUGUUCAAAAACAAGAAAGACAAUAAACUCAACAAACUCAAUAGGUCUAAAACAUGUACAUAUAUGCAAGCCUGUAAAUAACAUUUGAUGAUAGGGAGGGGAUGUUACUUUAAGUUGCAUCAAAAGUUUCAUUCAGAUAUAGAUAUUGAGAUCAGAGUACCAAUAGAGGUUAUUUUAUGGGAACUUGGCAUGUUCUCUGUGAAACAAUGAUGGCUUAUUGAGGAAAUACUGAUAACCCUUGAUUAGUUGGGAUACUUUUGUUCCUUAUUCAUAUAGAUUUGAGUCUAAAUGUAUAUACUGAUAAUAGAUAUCACUUUUGUUGGUAUGAUAUGAUAUCACAGAAUAGACUCUAUAGCAC